AUGAGCAAUGUCAGCCUAACUGCUAAUGCUGAAGGCAGGGAUGAGAAUGCAGGUGAUGUCAUUGUCUAUAUUAAUGAAGUUUGUGUCCUUGGACAUACUCACGCAGAUGUAGUCAAACUCUUCCAGUCUGUUCCUAUUGGUCAGAGUGUCAACUUGGUGCUAUGUCGUGGAUACCCUUUGCCCUUUGAUCCUGAAGAUCCUGCCAACAGCAUGGUGCCACCCCUUGCAGUAAUGGAGAGGCCUCCGGUAGUGGUAAAUGGAAGACAUAACUAUGAAACUUAUUUGGAAUACAUUUCUAGGACUUCUCAGUCUGUUCCAGACGUAACAGAUCGACCACCACACUCCUUGCACUCCAUUCCAGCAGAUAGUCAGCUUGAUAGCACAUUCCCACCACCUGCCCAUGAUGAUAAUGUAUCAAUGGCUUCUUCUGGGGCCACCCAAGCUGAACUCAUGACCUUAACCAUUGUGAAAGGGGCCCAGGGCUUUGGCUUCACUAUAGCAGACAGUCCUACAGGACAGAGGGUGAAGCAAAUUCUAGACAUUCAGGGAUGUCCUGGUUUGUGUGAAGGUGACCUCAUUGUUGAGAUCAACCAGCAGAAUGUACAGAACCUGAGCCAUGCAGAAGUAGUGGAUAUACUUAAAGAAUGUCCUGUUGGAAGUGAAACUUCUUUGAUUAUCCAUAGAGGAGGUUUCUUUUCUCCAUGGAAAACUCCAAAGCCUAUGAUGGAACGAUGGGAGAAUCAAGGCAGCCCUCAAACAAGCCUGUCUGCUCCAGCUAUGCCACAGAAUAUUCCCUACCCACCCAGUCUUCACAGGAGUUCAUUUCCCGAUUCAACAGAGGCCUUUGAUCCACGAAAACCUGAUCCAUACGAGCUGUAUGAGAAAUCAAGAGCUAUUUAUGAAAGUAGGCGUCCCGAUUACAAGGAACUGGAUGUUCACCUUCGGAGAAUGGAGUCUGGGUUUGGCUUCAGAAUCCUGGGAGGAGAUGAACCUGGACAGCCUAUUCUCAUCGGAGCAGUAAUUGCAAUGGGUUCAGCAGACCGAGAUGGUCGCCUCCAUCCUGGUGAUGAGCUGGUGUAUGUAGAUGGGAUUCCAGUGGCCGGCAAAACCCACCGAUAUGUGAUUGAUCUGAUGCAUAACGCUGCCCGAAACGGGCAAGUGAAUCUUACUGUGAGGAGAAAGGUCCUGCCCACCGAGUCCUCCGGCCAGAAAGGGCCCCCUCCGCCCGGCGCGACACCCCCUCGCAGCUCCCCCGGCGCUCGGAAAAUGGCCGAUAACCAAGGAGAACCGUGCCCAGAGAAUGGCAGAAGCCCAGGCUCGGUGUCUACGCACCACAGUUCUCCAAGAAGUGACUACACCACUUACGCUAACAGUAAUCACGCUGUCUCUAGUAGCAAUGCUACACCCCCCGAGGGCUUCACUUCUCACAGCCUGCAAACCAGUGACGUCGUGAUCCACCGCAAGGAGAAUGAAGGCUUUGGCUUUGUUAUCAUCAGUUCCCUGAACAGGCCUGAAUCUGGGUCCACAAUAACUGUUCCCCAUAAAAUAGGGCGGAUAAUUGAUGGAAGUCCUGCGGAUCGCUGUGCAAAACUUAAAGUUGGAGACCGGAUCUUAGCAGUGAAUGGCCAGUCUAUUAUUAACAUGCCUCAUGCAGAUAUUGUGAAGCUAAUUAAAGAUGCAGGUCUCAGUGUAACUCUUCGCAUCAUUCCUCAGGAGGAGCUGAACAGCCCGGCCUCGGCCCCCAGCUCGGAGAAGCAGAGCCCCAUGGCCCAGCAGCACAGCCCUCUGGCCCAGCA